UUGUUUAAGUGUCAACUAUUUCCAAGAGGAAGUUAUCUCAGUAUUGAUAAAUUGUUCAAAUGCAGAUGUUUUCAAUGUGUAGAUAUCUGAUAGAAAGUGAAGGAAAAUUAAGCCCGUAUUAUUUAUUUCUUAUUGACAACUCGUCGUAUCUGAACUCGCCAUGAGUAGCAUGGAUACGAAUAAAGCGUGUGUGGCUGUUCUUAUUUUGCUGAUUGGUGGAAUAAAGGCCUACAUUUACAAAGACAACGUUAGAACGAAUACAAUUACACAUUCAGCUCACGAAACAGUCUCUUUUGCCACAAUACAAAUAGCGGAUAAUAAUGUUGAUGUAUUGCAGCGUAAAGAAACAAAUCCAAAGAUUCGGUCAAACGGUCGUGUGAGAAAAUCAUGGAUAUGGAACAACACCGAAACAGCUAAAACAAAUGGCGUACAGAAAGCAAAUACACAUGGUUUUGAUAUGUAUGUACCCAAAACAGCAAAGUGUAAUAUUUCGGUAACUCGAAGGUCAGUAAACAGAUUUCGGCAUCUGGUAUACAGAGAACAAAGUAAUUACGUUUAUCUGAAACUGAUACCGGCUUUGGAAUCAGGCAUAACGUUAACGAAAGGGAAAUGGAUAAUUUCUGAGAACAUUUGGAUAUGGACAUUUUGGGGCAAGGAAGGCGCAGUGGAGUUUCUGAAAUGGCCAAGAGAAUUUGGCGUAUGGUCGAUGGGUUUAUUGUAUGAAUAUGUCUAUAGAGAGCCUAUAGAAAUAACAUUGAAAAGGGAUCAUGGCAAUUGCUCAAAUUUGGAAGUUGGAAAUAAGAACGAUGACCAAAUAAUUGCCGACGCUUUGCUUAAUUUAUCAUUAGAAAUGAUGUCCUUAAACAAAGACAAGUAUGGACCAAGUUACUUUUGCUAUGCAAAGAGGAAGAUAAUUGAGCCGUAUAUACUAUGCAAACACAUUGUGUGUCCGAUCGAGGGUGUGACACACUCAUGCUGCAAUUACGUCUACAAUCAAUCAAAAGGAGGAAGAGUCAUGCAAUGCAAAGAAGUCGAAUUUGAUUAUGACGAUACGUGGUGGAUAUAUCCAAGUGUAGUCUCAAUAGUUUUGUUCAUAUACUCUCCUAUUUUCUUUAUGUUUGUUUUGUACAAAUGUUCGGAACGGAAAACGGGGCGUAUUCGGUUGAGCGUAUUACAAGAACUAGUAGGAAACAUAAAUACAGAACCAGAUGACUCAGAAACGCAUGAACACGAUCCAGAAGAAUGCAUUUUAUUUGAAGAUGUUAAGCACGUCACGUUGCAAAACACUAUAUGCAUGCCAUUUACUGCUUUUAAGAGCGACUCGGUUUGCCUCACUAACUGCUUCAAUUGCCUAGUAAAACUAAUAACUCCAGUAUUAAGCCUAUUCGUCAUUGGCAUGCAAAUAUUUGUAGAUUAUAAUUUGUUAUAUGGUUUUGUAAUUGACUGCGUUGACUCGGGUGUACCGAUGGGGUUUCGCUCAAUACUGACUGGCUACAGAAAAAGUAAGCACAAUUUUUUACCAUAUGUCGGCGGCCCUUAUGUAGCUUUAUCGUGCUAUGUUGGCGUAACAUGGGUCAUGGUCGUGUCUACAAGCUCUAUAUCAAGGCUUUUGUGUAAUGCCGUUGCAGAAAAGAGAUUGGAAAACCAUGAACUCGAAUCAUCGCCACUUUUUCUUUCAUUGCGAAACGUCAGUAUCUUUGGUACCGUUACCAUAGAGGGAAGCAAAGGCUUCCGGAGACUUUACAAUCUCUUCCUUGGUCAGUUUUAUAUGAUUUUGAAUAGUAAGUUUUGGAAACAUAUUUUUCAUAUUCAAACGAGCAGGUGGUAUAAAUGUACUAGAAAAAUUAUGCUUUUCCCCUUGUUUCCUCUUUAUUUGGUGUUUUGUGCGUUAGAAAUUUUGUUGUCAUUAUUUUUUUAUGGAAUGCCUAUGGUUUCCUUUGGGUACAUAGUGAUCAAGGCAUACUGCCUGCAUUUCGGUCGCGGACUUAAGCGCACAUGUGGCAACAGUAUCUGCAUGAAUAUAUUCACAAUAUGCAUUAUUUUCGCAGUCCUGUAUUUUCUUCUAAUGUUUGCAACUAUAUUUUCGGACGCAACAACACUCUUUACACGCGUAAUUUUUUUCACGUUCACUGGACUAAUAGUAUUUCCAAAAACAGCGUAUGGGUAUAUCAUAUUUUGCUUCACCGUUUUCUACUAUCUUUGGGAAAGCUUCAAUGAUUUCUCUCUGCUGUAUACACGACUUUUUAAGGACAUAAUCAGGUUAACUAAGUCUAUACAGCGGGCAAAUGCCAACAAUAACAAAAAAGUACUUUUCAAGCAUAAUCAAAAAUGGGGAAUAAGAGAGUCCCUUUUCGAACUAGUAAUAGAAAACCACUGCCCUCGCAGAAAGUUAUUGUUUACAACGCUUCUCCGAGCGUUCGUUGUUCUCGGCUUACUUGGUAUUUGCAUUAACAUGCUUCUGAAAACGGACAAUUUCCGAGAACUUCAUGUCAUAAUGCACGUUGGUACGGCUUUGUUUAUCUGCGCUUUACCGCAGAUAGUGAAACGUGUUUGCAACAAAGGAGACAGCUAUAGCGUCAUAACUCAUCACAAAAAAGCGUUAGUCGUCACAAUAAAGUCGUACCUUGGGUACUUCGAUGAAGAUUAUGAUACUGAUAGUGGUGGUUCAGUAUGAACUUUGCAUUAUCUUUUUGUGUUUCUGUUAUUUGCAGUUAAUAUUUGACUCUGUAUUUUAUGAUGCAUUUUGCGAUUUUCGAUUGGUGUAGAUUAGUGUUUGAGUGAUAAUGUUUAUGGGUGUAAUGUAAAUAAUAAGUGUUAAUCUCUUUAUUUUGGCAUUUUCUUACUCUUCUAUUCCUGGUUUUUAAUUUGAUUCAAUCUUAUCUACAAUAUUUUAGCAUACUUCUGUAAUUUUAGUUAUUGUACAUAAAGAUAAGUUUUUUACAAUGUUAUGUAUGUCAUUAAAAUAUCAU